GAGACAUUGAGAGGGAGGAGAGCGAGCGAGAGAGAGAGAGAGAGAGAGAGAGAGAGAGAGAGAGAGAGAGAGAGAGAGAGAGAGAGAGACGCGGUCAAAUUGAUCUUGAGCGUUUUUUUCUGUCUACGUGGGUCACUUAAUAAGGCGCACUCGGAGGCAAGGAGAAAGAGGGUGCGAUAGGGGCAGCAAAAAUCAUUAGUCACGCGCGCGUGGAAAGAAGGAUACAAAUUUCUCCACACGAGGAGGAAGACACAAGCCGACUAACACACGGAAGGGAAGUUGAAAGACUCGAAGAAACAACAGCAUAAAAAGUUUGACUGCGCGGGCUCGUUUUUGGUUGAUGGUGAGGGGGGGACAAAGCGGGGAAAAAGUGAGGAAUCCACAGUGGGAAAGAUGCCGCGGGUAGUUCCGGACCAGAGGAGCAAGUUUGAGAAUGAGGAGUUUUUCCGCAAGUUGAGCAGGGAGUGUGAGAUUAAAUACACUGGCUUUAGGGACAGACCCCAUGAGGAGAGACAAGCCCGAUUCCAGAACGCCUGCAGAGAUGGACGGUCAGAAAUAGCCUUUGUAGCAACAGGCACCAACCUCUCCCUCCAGUUCUUUCCAGCUAACCUGCAUGGAGAUCAGAGGCAGGUUCCUACGAGGGAGUAUGUUGACUUUGAGAGAGAGACGGGAAAGGUCCAUUUGAAGGCUCCGAUGAUUCUGAAUGGAGUGUGCGUGAUUUGGAGAGGUUGGAUUGACCUACAAAGACUGGAUGGGAUGGGAUUCCUGGAAUAUGAUGACGAGAGGGCACAGCAUGAGGACGCUUUGGCUCAGGCAGCAUUCGAGGAGGCUCGACGCAGAACCAGAGACUUUGAAGAACGAGAGCGAUCACACAGAGAGGAUCUAGAGGACCCUGUGGUUUCUAAAAUCUGGGACUGAUGACAGACAGACCGACAAACAGCCAGCAGAAAACAACAGGUACAGACAACAGCAAGACCCCAGCCCUCGCUUAAACAUCGCCAGCGCUGAUACGGAACACAAGAUGUGCCGAGGAAGAUGACAGGUAGCAGAAAAAAGAAGAGGAAACUCAGGCUGGCAUGCGUUCACUUUUAAUACAAUUAGCUAAAAAGAAAUGAAGACUUUUUCAGAUUUUAUUCCAGUAUUUUUUUUUAAAUGAAACAGCUACUUUAGGUAGACAUUCAAAUAUAGGUAAUUAGUUGAAUGGAAAGUGAACCAUGUCGAGAAAAGAAUAAGAACACCUGUAUUUGAUCACAUUUAAAUGUGACUAAUGUCUGAGUAAAUAAGAGUUGAAGAUCAAGUCAUGCAAAAUCUUGUCUUUGGUUUUAAUAGCUUAUUACACAUACCAAAAUAUAUUUUUGAUCAAGAAUAAAUGUGGGAGAUGACAGUGGGUCAUCGCGAUCCCUUAACUCAGAAUGUUAACGUUAAAAACAAA